GGGAGCGCCUCACAAGAACAUUAUUUUUUAAGUUAUUCAACAUCCUCAAUGGUAGCAUACCUACCCUUCUUCAUUUACAUAACCAUCUUUAUUCAACAAUAACGGUUAAUUAUUCUACUUUAUUUUGCUACAAAACUUGUUUUUUCGGUGAAUGCGUAUUCUACCACGUUCUUUAGCCACUUGCUAACAAUUUCACCUCACGAGUCCUAGCAUAACAAGAAGUAUGCCAACGAAAGACAACAAACGCAAAUCAAAGGACUUAUCCAUGGAAGUUGGGGCAAAUCUUACAGUGGACACUGAGCACACCGAGACCCAGGAUCCGGAUGCAAUGCUGAUCCCACUACCUGAAACACCGAGCAGAGAACCAGCUUCAAAAAAGGGCAGGUGCGGUGAUAGUUCUAGCUCUGAAGAUGUCAACCCAGACUUGGCCAUGGCCAUCAUCUCUUCCCUCAAAACAGUCAUUAAUGAUAGAGCGGAUAUGCUUGACAAAGGCAUCGAGGGUCUUCAGGCCUCGGUCGAAUUCAUAACUAACGAGAUAAAGGACAUUAAAUGCAAUGCUGAUCAUACAGAGAAGCGCGUUGUGAUUACAGAAAAAAAGAUUACUGAACUGGAGAGAAAAGUGGCUGAAUUGGAACGUUAUAAAAGACGCUGGAACCUGCGUUUGUAUGGUCUAUCGGAGCAACAAGGCGAAAAUGUGAGACAGCGUGCAAUGGAAGUGUGCAAAGCAGUGGUCCCCAGUCUUGCACACAAAGCCGACACCCUCGUCGAUACCGUACACAGGCUCGGGAAACUAGAGAAAGCUACGACGCCGCGACCGAAGGACAACACUGCAUCUGACGCAGAAACCAACACAACAACCACAAGACCACGGGGCAUCAUCCUGCAAUUCACAAUGCGUUACUUUCGCGACGCUGUGUGGAAAGCUGCGAAGAAAAACCGCUAUCUGUCCGGAAACAAUCUACGGUUUGCCGAGGACCUUUCUCCUUCCGACCGCGAAUCUCGCCAACAGCUAUGGCCUCUUGUCGAAAAGGCCCGCGCGGCAGGACACCGCGCUUACUACACCGGGGCAAAGGCUUUCGUGGAUGGAGAAGAAUUGACGCCCACGCUGCUGGAGUCAAUAUUGGCGAAAUAACGGCAUGAGCAGCCUAAAUCAGAUAUGAAUACAUGGGCUAAGUUCCACAAGUAA